AUGGAAUCUGUGCUGAGUAUCCUUAGUUUGGAUUCAACAAAGGGAACCAAACGCAAUGUGCUACAAGCUAUUGCGAGGAUAUUCGAUCCAAUAGGUAUUCUUGGUCCAACAAUUGUUAAAUUAAAGAUUCUUUUCCAGAAACUGUGGAAACAAAAGCUUCUGUGGGAUGAAGUUCUGUCCGGAGCCCUACUUACUGAAUGGAACGAUUGCGUGAAGGCAGUUCUUGAACUUAAAGGAAUGACCUUUCCAAGAGCAGCAAUUUCUAUUCCAUUAAGUGAAGGAACUUUCCAAAUCCACAUAUUUGCAGAUGCCAGUACCAAGGCAUAUGGUUCAGUGGCAUUUUUAAAAUGUACUUCCUACAGCGGAGAAAUCACAACCUCGUUUCUGUGUGCCAAAAACCGUGUUGCUCCUUUAAAGAUGGAUGGUUCCAGUGAGUUGACACUCCCCAAGUUGGAGCUAACAGCCGCCCUUAUAGCGGCACGUCUUCAUGCGUACCUACAGAGAUGUCUUAAGCUUGCUUCCGCCAAAUACUUUCUUUGGACGGAUUCUAAUAUCGCCCUGAACUGGAUCCAAGGAGAUGUACAGCGCUGGCAGCCCUACGUCCAAAACCGGGUUGAUGAAAUUCGACGGCUUACAACAGUUUCGCAGUGGAAUCACUGUAGGGGAAAAGAUAAUCCAGCUGAUCUCCUCACCCGAGGUGUAAGUGGUAAAAUUUUGCAAAAGUCUGAGUUGUGGGCUAAAGGUCCCAUCUGGCUUGAAGACAGCGACAAUACACAGCUUGAUGACAACGACGAUACACAAAUCGAAGUUCCUGAUGUCACUGCUAUCCUGUUGACAGAAUCGCUUCCAUCGACAGGUUUCAUCGAAGAUCCACUUCUGUGCUAUGACAACUAUAGUACCUUGAUUCGUCUCAUCAGAGUGACGGCUUUUGUCCUCCGCUCAAUAAGAGCUUUUAAAAGGAGGCAAAAACCCGAAAAGGUGUUGCAGUUUGCUGAUGUACCACCUUUAUGUGCUACUGAAAUCCACCAAGCUGAAAGUCAUUGGUUGAGGUAUGUACAAGGUCAACAUCAAAAUUUUUCUAAUGAAAUCAUUCUCUUGCAGAAGAAAAAGGCCUUAACCACGUCUUCAAAGAUCUAUGAGCUAUCACCAUUCUUAGACGACCACGAUUUACUGAGGUUGGGAGGGCGUCUGCAAACACUGAACGAACCAAUGGAUAUAAAGCAUCCAAUUAUACUUCCAUCGCACUCUCCACUCCUCGAUCUUUUAAUCGAUGACUACCACAAACGGACUAUGCAUGCAGGAGUCAAUACGGUCCUAACGAAACUUCGAAAGCGAUUCUGGAUAGUUAGAGGACGCCAGAUCGCCAACAAAACGAAUUAA